AUGGCGCCUUUACUAGGCAGUUGGACCGCACCGUCUGCCGGUGGGCCCUCUAAAGCUCACCUCCAUACGUCUCCCCAGAAGAACAUUCUUUAUGUUGAUGCAUAUGAUUCCUUUUCUUACAAUGUGGUUGCUAUGCUUGAAGAGGUUCUGGGUGUCAAGGUCACGGUGAUAAUGAUUGACUCCGAGUGGCCAGGAGGGAACAAGACCGAGUUUCUGCAAUGUUUCGAAGCUGUCGUCCUUGGGCCUGGGCCUGGAGAUCCAAAUGUUCCAGAAGAUAUCGGAAUCAUGAGGGAUAUCUGGGUUCUGAGUGACGCUGAUUUGCUGCCUGUUUUUGGAAUAUGCCUUGGUUUUCAAAGUUUGUGUCUUCACCACAGCAUUGCUAUAGAGCGUUUACCAUACCCACUUCAUGGCCAGGUAUAUCGCAUAUCAACGGCCGAAAAGGACGUAUUCGAGAACCUGCAAGAUGUGGAGGUUACUCUCUAUCAUUCUCUAUAUGCAAAGUUGGACGAUUCGCUUGAGGCAGCCUUGACCGAGUACAGUGGCGAGCAGAUCAAGGCCAAUGCCGACUUAGAUCUUCUGGCUUGGCUGCCCAUUGAACAAGAUAACGUUUCUGGAAGGACUAUCAUUCCAAUGGCGGUGCGCCAUAGUGAAAAGCCGUUUUGGGGUGUUCAAUUUCACCCAGAAUCAUGCAAGUCGGAUCGUGCUGUGUGCAGUGAGCUACUAAAAAAGUGGUGGGAGUUGACCUUGGACUACAACAAGAAGCAUGGGCGCGGCGGUUGUGGUAAUUUGCCGGAGGACAUUAUCAGACGCCAAAGCGAUGUGGCCUCACUUCCAGAGAUAGCGUUGACCAUGUUAAACUGGUGUGCGUCAACCUCAAGAUCUUCAGCUUUCCGUUCACUCACUACCAGCAAGCUAAAUGCUGAGUUUAUAUGUGAACAUUUAAACGCGCCUGGGUCCCCAACAGUGUUAUUUCAGUCCAACGGCAGGUAUAGUAUCAUAUCAGUUCCGGGCCCUACGAGCUGGAGAUUAGAAUACUAUGCCCAGGCCGAGACUCUCCUAGUGGAAAGACUGCAGGCACAUUCCAAUGAGUACACAGACUGCAGUGUCAAGAAGUCUUUGUCGGUGCAUGACUUGUGGGAGACGCUCAGAUAUCUCAUGGACAUGAAAAAGGUCGAGUCUGGAGAUGAUUCUGUGCCCUUUUGGGGAGGUUUUCUGGGCUAUUUCUCGUAUGAGAUGGGACUCGCAUGUCUUGCCCGGCCAAAGACUCACAGCGAUGACCCCCAUGGAUCGUUGCCCCCUCAAAACUGUGCUGCCGCUCCUGAUCCAGCAGAUGUGAGUUUGCUGUGGUCCGAAAGAAGCGUCAUCGUCGACAACGAAACAGGACGCAUCACCAUACAGUCAACGCGAAACGCUGAUAAUGUGUCGAAUGGAUGGCUUGAUGAAACGUUGCAAUAUAUAACAGAGCUUUCCCGUGCAGGCGUGCUUGAGAAUGAGGACGUGAGCUUUGAUACGGGUUAUUUGGACACCGUUCUAAGGCAAUGCGUGAUACAUUUCCCGGACGAGCAAACAUACAAGAGGCAACUCGAAGCUUGUAAAGCUGAGCUUGAAGCUGGCGAAUCAUACGAAUUGUGUCUUACUUGUGAAACAUCAAUUACCUUACCGUCGCCUAGCAAGGACAGCGAACGUAUUGCUUUCCCUUGGGAGCUAUACAAACGUCUUAGGAAGUACAAUCCUGCAGCUUUCAGUGCGUACGCAAGAUUGGGCACCGUCAAGGUUGUCAGUAGCAGCCCGGAAUGUUUUCUCAAUUGGGAUCGCUCUUUCACGUUGGAAAUGAAGCCAAUGAAAGGCACCGUCCGAAAAUCGGCCAGCAUGACUAUGAAGAAGGCCAAGGAGAUACUAGGUUCAACAAAGGAAAUGGCGGAGAAUUUGAUGAUCGCCGAUUUGAUUCGCCAUGACCUUUACGGUAUCUGUGGUUCUGGCGGUGUGCAUGUUGAGAAGCUCCUUGAGGUAGAGGACCACGGACGUGUCUACCAAAUGAUCACGCAUGUGAAAGGAGAUGUCGAUCCGGGUCGUCCAGGUUUUGCCGUCCGAAACGUACCCCAUCUACGUUCGUCAAACAUGUCUGCGUACGGGCUUACAGCCCUACAGAGGUGUCUGCCUCCGGGCUCGAUGACUGGCGCGCCUAAGGAGCGUUCAUGCAUGCAUCUCAGCUUGAUCGAAGCUCGGAAACGUGGGAUUUAUUCCGGUGUUAUGGGCUUCCUCGACCUUGGGGGCGGAGGUAGUUUCUCAGUCCUUAUACGAACGGCGUUCAGCUGUUCUGAUGACAAGGACAAUGAGCAGACAUGGAGGAUUGGGGCUGGAGGUGCUGUGACCAUUCUAAGCACUGCUGACGGUGAAUGGAACGAGAUGCUGACCAAGCUUACCACUGUCUGUGGUGUCUUCGCGCCGUCCGAUCUACAGGGUUCAGGCAAGCUGUCAACAAUCGCGAUUGACUUCAUGGCGAGUGCCCAAGAUGGCUCAAUGGAGGAGAUCCUCUGGCGGUCGCCCGCGCACGUCCAAAUGAUGGGAGGUUUUCUCCAUUCCAACAAUAUCUUAUUUUACUUCGCCGAAUCUCCAUUCUUCGAUGCUACGUCUAACAAUGCCUCUCUUGCCAUCCAAGCCAACUACAAUGAAACACUUCGCCAUUUUGUUGAGACUCGGGAGGCCUUCGAAGGCCGCCUGAAGACCAUGCAGGGGUUAGAGUUUGUGGUUGCUUAUGACCCUUUGCAGGCUGCUGCACAAAGCGAGACCAGUUUCGCACAUGAACCAUCUAAUACCUGGGUGAUCCGGAAACAGACGAGACGGAAGCGAGCCGGGCAAGAUGAUGAAGUGGUAGUUCUAUCUACUUACUUCGUAGUGGGAGAUUGCAUUUACAUGGCCCCGUCUGUUGCAAGUGUCGUGGGGAAUAGACUUCUUUCUGCGGUUACAUCACUCACGAGUCUCUUAAAGACUGCAUCGUCACUGCCUAGUUUCACACCGUCACAUGGACACACGUACAUGCCGCCCGUACCCAAACCGACGGAUAGCAGUCAGCCCGGGACUCAAUCUCAGCAAAGCAAGGAGAACACUCCAAUGCCCGACGCGGACUCCACGAAAGCUCUCUUGGUUGGGCCACAAACCGCCAAUGCUGGGGCAGUUUUGCAGGACACGAGGACUUUCGCGGAAUCGUUCAGUCUUCUUGCACGAUAUGGCGAAGAGUUUAUGGAUGAAAAUCCCCUGGUCGGAGAGCCGGGAUCAUUUAUCCUAUCCAAAUCUGGCGAUACAGAUCGAGGGGCUGUUUCCAAACAACCACCGAAUGUUAGCGCCCAGGGAGCAUCCUUGGAACGCCUCAAGUCAAGGUCGACACGCCUGGCAAAACAUCCGAGAAAGGAGCCACUCCGUCGGCCUUCGAUGAUAACAAGGUGCGAAAGAAGAAGGCCAAGAUUGGGAGUUGAAAGAACCAGCCCGAAAAUUCAUGAUACCCUUGUUUUGAUAACCUUAGGAACAUGGUAA